GUACGCACCGCUCUGCGGUUGCCGACCCUCUCCAACACACAGACAAAGCCUCUCCGCCCGCCACCUCUGCCGAGCCAUUUCUCACAGCCCAGCCACCCGCCCCUCCACCACACCGUACGCUGCUUCCCGGCCACCAUCGCCAUGGCGCUCUUCCUCCUACCACGCGCAGCGCGUCUCGCGCUACUCUCUGGCGUCCCGCGCGCCUACUCCUCCUCCUCCGUCGCGGCGCCAACCCGCCCGACGACGACUGCCCCUGUGCCCCGCGGCGAGGCGCCUGCCCCGAUGUCGAAGGCCGCCGAGUUCGUGGUGUCCAAGGUGGACGACCUGAUGAACUGGGCGCGCAGGGGCUCCAUCUGGCCCAUGACGUUCGGCCUCGCCUGCUGCGCCGUCGAGAUGAUGCACGCCGGCGCCUCCCGCUACGACUUCGACCGCUUCGGCGUCAUCUUCCGCCCCUCCCCGCGGCAGUCCGACUGCAUGAUCGUCGCCGGCACGCUCACCAACAAGAUGGCGCCCGCACUCCGCAAGGUUUAUGACCAGAUGCCAGAGCCCCGAUGGGUGAUCUCGAUGGGCAGCUGCGCCAACGGCGGUGGAUACUAUCACUACUCAUACUCUGUCGUGCGUGGGUGCGACAGGAUCGUCCCUGUGGACAUCUUCGUCCCCGGGUGCCCUCCGACAGCUGAAGCUCUACUGUACGGUGUUCUUCAGUUGCAGAAGAAGAUCAACAGGCGCAAGGAUUUCCUCCGCUGGUGGGAGAAGUGAAUCGGUGGUUCGAUCAGGGUUCGUGUCUGCUCUGCGUAUGCUUGGGACCGUGUUCUUUUUCUUUCUUCUCUUUUUGGUGAAAUAAGAGAAGCAUAAAACAUAUGCCGUAGUAGUGGUACUUAGCUGGCGUGUGUUAAUUAGUCCCUGCAUUGCUUCACAGUUCAUGAAUAAGCUAGGUGCUGUGAACAGUUAAUACUUAUGGGUGUCCAGUUUGUUUGUACUGGUACCGUAUCUAUGUGUUGGGCCUUUAUGAAACUUUGAACUGAGAUGCAUCUAUGCAAUUAAGAUGUUGCAGCA